AUGACUUGUAUUGCUUGCACUCCAUAUGAAAAGAGAGAUGCUUGGAGGAUAGUGGCAGUACUUUAUUUAGGUAAUAUUUAUUUAUGUGCACGCGACACAGAAGAAAAAAUUAAAAGGAAACAGAACAUUACAGAGAAAGAACAAAGAUUUACUUCAUGGGGUUACAAGUUUGAACAAUCAGUUUUGUCAGAAAAACCAAACACUCAACCAAAUCCAAAUUUACCUGUGAAUGAAAAUAAAGAGUUUUCUUUGGUUUUUAAAACUAAUUUAAAUAAUCAUAUUAUUAUAUAUGGUGCUGAAAUGGAUGGAAUUCGUUGUGACAAAGGUCCAGUACAACAGCCACCGGAAGUUGAAGCUGACACAGAAGUUAUUUUAAAGUACUUGUCUGAUAAGGAGUAUAUAGAAGUAAAAACAAAUAGGCAUUUAGAAUUUCAUAAUCAAGGAAGGAAUUUUAGGAUCCAUAAAACGAAAAAAUGGUGGUGCCAGUCAUUUCUUGCAGGAGUUAAUACUAUAUUAUGUGGGUUUAGAAAUGAUGAUGGAGUUGUUGAAGAACUUAAAGUAAUGCAAGUAAAUGAACUUCCAAAAAUUUCACGGAACUUCUGGGAUCCAAAUGUCUGCAUCAAUUUUCUAGAAACAUUUUUGACAUAUGUGAAAAGGUGUCUGGAGAGGGAAAUAAAAUAUAAGUUUGGACAACAGGCGUUAAAAAACAUAAAACCAUUGCCAUUAAUAAGUUUACAUUUUGAAUGGAAACCAGGUGAACCGGUUAUGGUAACAAAUGAUUAUAAUUAUGAAGAUGACCCUAUAUUGCCUCAAUGGUAUGUUGAGAAUUUUAAGCUGAAUGCACUU